CAGGGUUUUAAUUAAAUUAUACACACUUCAAGUUCAAUUUUACCAAAGACGAAUUGCUCGUACCUGAAAUGCCUGCCCUUUCCAAAGCAUCGGAUAUCGCCGUUAGUGCUUGGAGCUCUCAAAGCCAUAAGAUACUCCUCUACGGCCAAAGUGAUGAUGGUACAAUUCAUGAGUAUAAAUAUGACGAUGGACAAUGGACCCACCUAGGACAUGUUGCAAAAGCGCGGCCUGCUACUCCUAUUGCUGUCACCAGCAACAGAAAGGACUGGAUCCGGGUCUUCUUCUUGGAUGAGCACAGACGUGUUAUUCAAGCGGCCAACAAAGGCAGCAGCUGGGAACUCAAAGUUUGGCCAGUAACUUUGCAUGCUGCCUCGCGGCUUGCAGCCCGCAACGAUGGGGACAAAGGUUAUCGCGCGUUUGGGCAAGCGGAAAAUGGGGACCUUAUUGAGAUGACUCGCAAUAAGACCUCAUUCUCCUGGAAGGUCAUCUCCAAAAGAGCAGUUCCAGGGACCUGUAUUGCGGUUCCGCAGAAUGGAUUGAAUAGGCUCUACUUUUCCCAAGUACCCCAAAAGUACGAGCACGAAGGCCUUUUCGACAUAUUCCCGGGCCUAAAAAACGAUAUUUGUGUCAAGGCAGUUAAGACUGUAGGUGACUGGGUGACCAAUUUGAUUCCUGCUCAACAGCCAGAUAUGGAACUGGUUGCAUACAAGUCAGAUGGGCCUGGGUCUCCAUGGACUAGUACUACCUUGGCCACUGCAAAGCCAAACAUGCAGAUUGCGGUUACCGACUGUGAGCCUGGGUUGGAUCUUCUUUAUACGAACCAUGGUAAGGUCUAUGAAUUAAGGAAAGAUGGUUUUAAUGCCGAUAUUUCUGACGGCCCUGUUGCUAUUGUGAACCGAGGCGGCAAUAAAGUUGCCGCUUUUUGGCACGAUGCCGAGGAUCCAACGAAGAUCGAUUGGGCUGAAGGUACACCUGGUAGCUUGCAUCCGAGGAGAGCUUUUAACUAAGCCCAAUUCGGUAUUCUAGGCUGAAGAGUUGGAAGGCUCAGAUUAUAUGUAGAGGUCCUGUAAUGCUUCUGAUGGAAGUAACCCUUUCACCACAUACUUGAUUUCAAUGUGCACAUCCCCUUCACCUCCUUUGCAUCACAUAAGUUUUCGUUCUUUUUUCAUAGAAGCAAUCUAUAGCCAUAUAUUGGCAGCAAGGCUGUUGG